GAGAGAGAGAGAGAGAGAGAGAGGCAGGUGACACUUGAAUCUAAAAACACAAGACUGUAAACGGUUAAACAAGGAAAAUUGCAAAAAAAAACGUGAGCGAGAAAGAGAGCAAGAUCACUUAUUCACUUCUACAGCAGAACUGGUCAUAAAGUAGCCUCGAGGAAAGCAACAGAGACCAUUAAGCAAAAUGUCGAAAGGGAGGCUACGCGUGCAAUAUGGCAUAUUGCUGCUCACUACAAUAGUUCUUAUCAGUGGACUAAUUCGCAGCGCCACCAAGUGUCAUCAUUUUGACGAGUUACUGACUUCGUCUGAAACAAGUCAAAAGCAGCUCUUCAGGAAAGCCAUCACUCAUCAGUCGACAAUUGCACAAGGACUACAAUAUAGGCAGACCUGGGUCUUGACACCACCGAGGUCUGAUGUGUUGACUGUCACUCUGUGGUUGGCUCCAAUUGUCUGGGAAGGAACGUUUGACCCUGUAAUCAUUGACAACAUAUACAUGACCAAGAGCCUUACCAUUGCAACCACUGUAUUUGCUGUUGGAAAAUACAUCCGCUUUUUGGGCAACUUCCUGGAGACAGCAGAGCAGCACUACAUGGUGGGGUUCAAAGUGCGCUACUACAUCUUCACUGACCAGCCCGAGCAGGUGCCUGCAGUCACUCUGGCCCCUGGGAGGAUGCUCAGCAUCACCAAGGUCCCCAAAUUUAGCCGGUGGCAGGAGAUCUCCUCACGGAGGAUGGAGAUAAUUCAGACAGCCAUCGAGGAGCACAUCCAUAAAGAGGCCGACUACAUCUACUGUCUGGAUGUGGACAUGAAGUUCCACAACCGCUGGGGCCCCGAGGUGCUGGACACCCUGGUUGCAGCAAUUCACCCAUGGUUUUACACCAUGGACCGUAAACGGUUCACUUACGAGCGGCGCCCUGCCUCCAAGGCCUAUGUCCCAAUGGACCAGGGAGAUUUUUACUACAUGGCAGCUGCGUUUGGGGGUCGUGUUGAGGAUGUAUACAAACUGACGAAAACGUGCCGCGAAAAUCUAGAGGAGGAUAAAAAUAAUAACCUGGAAGCUGCCUGGCAGGAAGAGAGCCACCUCAAUAGGUACCUUGUGUACACGAAGCCCACCAAACUGCUGUCCCCAGAGUACAUGUGGGAUGAUGUUAUAGAAAGGCCCUCCGAGAUGAGGUUGAUCCGUUUCUCAGCUAUUGUCAAGGACAAAGCUGAAGUUCGAGAAAAUGCAUAGUCGAUCAAUCUAACCCAGGGGCUUUCAAAACUGUAAAAAAUCUGCCUGCUGAUUUUAAACAAAGCAAUUCAUGAUAAAAUUCACUGGGGACAAAUAUUUUAAGGAAGAAACUUUUGAAAGGUAUUUUCUUACAUCCAAGUGUGGUAAGCUAGCAUCAAGCCAAUAAUCAAAGCCUAUAAUCGCUUUGUGACCAAGCUGUCUGUUGUGGUUAUCCGGUGUCAGUCUACUAUCUACCAAUAUUUUUUCAACCACAGUUAACACAGGGGUUAUCACAAUAUUUUCCAACUGCCAUACUGCUGCAUACUUCUUCUGGGUUCCUCAAAGGACCCAAUAGAGUGCUACAAUUUGUAGUCCUAAAACCCAGAAGACCCAUUUUUGGGCCAAUGGAAAAACAGCAAGGGGGAUAUGCAUAAGUAUGCACCAAAGAAGGUUUUUGGAAUUUAUAGCAAUGGUUAUCAACUGUGCUAAUGAAAUUGAGACAGAAUCAGAGAUGAUCAGGAUGGUGGUGGAUGCAGCCACCUUGGUAAUAACUAAUGUGAAGGGGCAUGAGAUCCAGAUGAGAUCCUUUGGAGAAAGGGUUUGGGGGGAGUCGUUGUAAAGUAGAGUAAAUGUAAAGAUUGUGGGUCUGAGAAUGUGAGGUUUUUUGGGGGGUUUUUAUUGCCAUAUUACAUUACAUUACAUUAUUGGCUUAUCCAGAGCAACGUACAGUUAAUUAGACUAAGCAGGAGACAAUCCUCCCCUGGAGCAGUGCAGGGUUAAGGGCCUUGCUCAAGGGCCCAACAGCUGUGCGGAUCUUAUUGUGGCUACACCAGGAUUAGAGCCACCGACCUUGUGUGUGCCAGUCAUUAACCUUAACCACUAUGCUACAGGCUGCCAUAGUCGCAGAACACAAACUAGCUAUUAGAAACAGAAAUCUGGAAUAUUCCAUCGCUAAGCACGAUCAAAAAGCAGGACAUACUUUUCAGCUAUAAGCAUGAUAAUUACAGCAAAUGCAGCUAGCAAAUAUGGCAAUAGCAUGCAAUAUGGGAAAACAGUGUGGGGGCGGCGCUUCUCGAGUUGUCUGCCCGAACUAGCUUCUCAGGCUUCCUAUCAUUUUGUAUAGUUUUCAUUUUGUUUUUAUA